AUAUACUGUUAGCCCACCAGAUUUUUGAACACAAGUUAAUGCCCAGCUCAUAUCAGACGCCUCCAAAUCUUUGAUAUAAUCAAUAACAGGUUCAUCCGAUUUCAUUUGUAAUGCUUUUGCAUUUGAAUUUUCUCUUUAAAAUUUUUUCUGCCACUUGGAGCCUCAUUUUAUAGCAAUUUGCCAUUUCUUAAACGUAAUCUUCUGUUUUCAUGGUCUAUUCUCUUGUGGGUCAUUCUUUCUGCAAUUCCGAGUUUGAAUUAUUGGGUUAUCUUUCACUGGGCUAUGUGAAAAGUACCCAGGCAUUUUCCAUUGUUUUGUCAAUUUCUGAGUUUCUUGUACCUGUUUCUUAGUCUUGGAAUUAUAGGGCUUUCUUGGUUGAUUAUUUAUCUUGUUUUUCUGUGCUCAAAUUGUCAUAUUUUUGGCUCUGCUUUUCUCGAAUUCAGUUGAGUUAUACUUGUUGAUGGGAACGUGGGUGUUCUUGUGUAUCAGUAUUUGGUGCUUGUUUAUUCUGUUUUUACUGGAAACUUGCACGGCUAGUAUUCAAAAUAAAGGCAACUUGAAGCCAGGUUUUCAGGGAUCUCAAAUGUUUUGGAUUGACAAUGAUGGGUUCUUUCUAGUAUCCAACAAUUCACAUUUUGCUUUUGGAUUCACCACCACCAAAGAUGUCACCUUGUUUCUACUUGUUGUCAUUCACAAGGACAGUUCUUCUAUAGUGUGGUCUGCUAAUAGAGGCUCCCCAGUUCGAAAUUCAGAUAGUUUCAUGUUUGACAAUAAUGGGAAUGCUUACUUACAAAGGGGCGGAACCACAAUUUGGUCGACAGGUACCUCUAAGAAAGGUGUUUCAGCAAUGGAAUUGCUGGACUCGGGAAAUCUGGUUUUGCGUGGAAGUGAUGGAACUGUAGUUUGGCAGAGUUUUAGCCAUCCCACAGAUACACUACUUCCAAACCAGGAGUUCAGUGAAGGGACGAAACUCGUAAGUAAUCCUGGAUCCAAUAACUUGAGCUAUUCCCUUGAGAUUAAGUCUGGAGAUAUGAUUCUUUCUGCAGGUUUUCAACCCCCACAGCCAUACUGGGCCAUGGGAAGUGACACACGAAGAAUCAUCAAUAAAGAUGGCAAUAACGUCACUUCAGCCACUCUUAAUGCCAAUUCUUGGAGAUUUUAUGAUGGAAAUAAAGCCUUGCUCUGGCAAUUAAUAUUUGACGAUAGUAAUGCAAAUGCAACUUGGGUUGCUGUUUUGGGAGCUGAUGGUUUCAUUACUUUCGUCAUGAUUCAAGGAGGUUCUACAAAUCCCUCCUCAUUAAGAAUACCAGAGGAUCGGUGCAGAAGACCUGCAGCUUGUGAUCCCUAUUAUGUUUGUUAUACUGGCAACAAGUGCCAGUGCCCAUCAGCACUUCCCUCUUGCAAAUUUGGAGCACGUCCUUCAUGCUAUAACUCGAAGGAUUCUGGGGAGCUUGUAAGUGCAGGUGAUGGAUUCAGCUACUUUGCACUUGGCUUUGUCCAACCAUUCUCUAAAACCGACUUAAACAGCUGCAAAGAUUCUUGCCUUAGAAAUUGCUCUUGUGGUGCUAUGUUCUUUCACAGCAACUCAGGGAAUUGUUUUCUGUUUGAUCAGAUAGGAAGCAUGCAAGGAUCACUCAAUGGGGCCGGCUAUGAUUCUUACAUCAAAAUCUUUAGUGAUGGCGGUAAAGGGCAAAACAGUGGAGGCAGUGACAAGCGCUUUCCUAUAGUCAUUAUCGUUUUAAUUUUGAUAUUUGUUAUGCUGAGUUUGCUUUUUGCUGGAUUUUAUUACUGUAAGAAGAAAUGGAAAGAGCCAGAUUUCCAAAAAGAGAGCUCGGAAGAGGACAAUUUUUUGGAGGGUUUAUCUGGGAUGCCUGUCCGUUUUAGUUAUAAAGAUCUUGAGACUGCAACAAGUAACUUCAUUGUGAAACUCGGGCAGGGAGGGUUUGGUUCAGUUUAUCAGGGGUCUCUCCCUGAUGUAACUCGAGUGGCUGUGAAAAAAUUGGAAGGUGUUGGUCAGGGAAAGAAAGAAUUUCAGGCUGAAGUUAGUAUCAUAGGCAGCAUCCAUCAUCUUCAUCUGGUAAGGCUUAAAGGCUUCUGUGCUGAGGGAAGCCACCGACUUCUUGUAUAUGAAUACAUGGCAAAUGGAUCUUUAGAUAAAUGGCUUUUCAGGAAAAACAAAGGCGAGUUGAUGUUGGAUUGGGAUACAAGAUUCAAUAUUGCAGUGGGUACGGCUAAAGGCCUGGCUUACCUCCACGAGGAUUGUGAUGUAAAAAUAGUUCACUGUGAUAUUAAACCUGAAAACGUGCUUCUUGAUGAACACUUUAUGGCUAAAGUUUCAGACUUUGGCCUGGCUAAGCUUAUGACCAGAGAGCAGAGCCAUUUUUUUACCACAUUAAGGGGCACCACGGGGUACCUCGCACCAGAGUGGAUCACAAACUAUGGCAUAUCAGAGAAGAUCGAUGUUUAUAGCUAUGGAAUGUUGUUGCUCGAAUUGAUCAGUGGCAGAAGAAACUAUGAUAAUGCAGAAAGUUCAGAGAAAUCUGAUUUUCCUUCCUUCGCUUUUAAGAUGAUGGAAGAAGGAAAAUUUUAUGAAUUAAUUGACACUAAACUGAAGAUAGACGAAGAGGACGCAAGGUUUGCCACAGUAAUCAAAGUUGCUUUAUGGUGUAUACAGGAUGAUAUGUACCUCAGGCCACCAAUGACGAAAGUAGUGCAAAUGCUCGAGGGGGUCUAUCCUGUCCUCCGACCCCCAACUGCUUCUCAACUUGGUUCCCGGAUUUCCUCGAAUUUCUUGUCGGACUGUAAUAAUGAUGCUUAUCUUUCUGCAGUUCGCCUUUCCGGUCCAAGAUAGCAGUUGCAGAUGAUGAUGAUGAUGAUGAGUCAUUGGCGUGUUUGUGGUUUUCAUAUUUUAGUGUUUUCUCUUGUACAUGUAUUAGGGCUGCUAAGAAGUCUUGUUUCUAUGUAGUAUUGAUUGAUGCCCAAAAAAAUAAAAUAAAAUAAAAAAUUCUAUUGCU